GUUGUGGCGUGUUUUUAGCCGCGCGACCAAGAUAUGUGGCCGCCGGAUACGAAGCGGCGAAUCCGGUUGCCGCCACAUCGUGGCAUACAAGCAUUGGCAGGUCGCCGCAUGAGCACGCCGGGUGUGCACGAGGUCCAAGCGACGGCGCCCGCCGGGUCGCAGACGCAGGUCGCGACGGCCGCGCACGAAGCCAGAGCGCAAGAGGUGCUGCGCCUUCGCCUCGCGCCGCGGGCCCACGUCUCGUUUGACGACUCUGCCGUCGACAAUGAAUUUCUGGGGCGCAAGAAGUCCAACAAGUGCUGCAUCUUCCACAAGAAGCGCGAGUUUGGCGAGAGCUCGAGCGAGAGCGAGCCCGACUCGGACGACUCGAGCAGCAGCGCCGAGGCGCGACGAACAAAAAAGGUGCUGCGCGCCAAGGCCGCGCCCAAGAAGAAGAAACACAUGUGCUCCGCGCACAACUGCCCAGAUACGAACCCGUAAUACCACCUUACGAUGUCGCCGUCAUGACAAGCGUCGGUGCCCUGGCUACGACGACGAAGCGUCGACGCAAAGAACCGAAGCAUC